AUGCCUAAAUACAAAUCCCCAGCAACCUUAAAAUCUCGUCUCAAUCGAUCUAUUAGAAAGCAUCUUGAGCGACCCGAGCAGCCACCUCCAAAUGCUCGAUCUACCAAAAAGGCUGAACUUAUAGAAGCUUAUGGCCUACCCCCCAAUGCGAAGUUCCUUUUCUUUAAAAAAGGUCGUCGUUAUGGACAACCUCGCCUAACUCUCACUUAUGGAACUGUCAUUUGCCUCGACUACCAUACCUGUGAGCUACUGUGCGUAGUACGAUUUAUUGAACGGGACGACAUGGACCAGAGCUAUUUCAAAAUGCUUAAUCAUUCAAUAUCGACUGUCUAUCAGCAUGCAAGAGCUCGUGGUGAAGUCAAAAACAAUGGAGCGACUUACCGUUGUAGGAGAUUAGGACGAAAACAUGGCAGGAUGUUUGCGGCUGGCUUUCGUCCUGGGUAUGAUAAGGAGGUCAAAGCAGUUCCUCACCCAAAUCUACCUUUUGCAGGGCAGUACACCUGGAAUGAAGCCACCGCUGCAGAUUAUCGCAAGAUGGAGGCGGACUUGAAACGACAGGGGAACCUUCCCGCAAUCGAGUCUUUCUUUGCUGAAAGAUUUUCAGGAUUAUCAUUGGCGGCAUUUCAAUCCAAUGCCACUCUGGCUGCUCGUACCAACGCUCCAUCUUGGGCAAACGAGUCUUUUUAUGUAUCACCCAAUGCCCAAGUCUUUGGAUCCAACAUCACGGUGACCUUUGAUGAGUUUGCCAACAAGAAACACAAAGAUCGUGAUGCGUCGAAAUAUGCUUUUGGUUUUUUUGGGCUGAUUGACCGAGCAACUGGUGAAUUUUAUCAUCGUGGGUCAACCGCACCAAGAGGUAACACUCUGGGUGCACACUUUGUACUGGACGACUACAACUUUGAUAUCAACUUGGAUGCAACUGAUGGCAUCAUCGAGAUGCUUUGGAAUUCACAAGCUCAUCAUCAUACCACCCCGUCCAGGACAUACGACUCAAAUUCCAAACAAAUUCCUCCACAAGAGGCCGAAAUCACUCGUUUCGCGUGUUCCACUCAAAUAGCCCAAGGACUAGUCAAUCGGCUCGACAAAGUCAAAUAA